CUUAUGAAUAGAUAGUUUUCCUAACACUUUCAAACAAGAAGUACUUAAAAAUAUACUCAUCGUUUGUAAAUGUAAAAUAAUAAAAAAAUUGCAUUAACUGUAUUAUAUUAACAAUUGAUAACUAAGCAUGAAGACAUAUUUUAUUGUUUUAAUGGUAGUAACUAUUGGUUACAUCCAGCAUGUUCCUGCUAUGUCAAUGGUCGAGCCGAUUUCAUCCGCCUUAAUGAGUGUUCUAGCAGAAGAUGAAAUUCCCACAGAAUCAAUGUGCCCGGCCAAUUAUCAGCAAAUCGAAAAACUCAAAAUACAGGCAGUACGUUUGCAAUUAAAAUUAUCGCCCCUAAUAACAGGAAAAUUAAAAGAUCCCCAUUCACCUGAUGGAGUAGACGAUCUUAUUGUUCAGUAUUGCAAAAAUGACGAGGAUAUAAAUAAAACAGUAAAAAGUCUUUCUGAAAAUGUGAAAAAUUGCCAAACUGAAAAAGGUAACAUUGACAAUGUAAAAUUGGAAAAAUUGGAAACUGAUGCUAUUACCAAAAUUUGUGCUGGUACAGGUGCUAUGAUUACCUGGAAUAUUAUAAAUUUAAACAUAGCUGAAGGAAGAAAGCCUGAUGGAACGAUGUAAAAGUUUAAAACAAAAUUAAAUUAAUGAAUCAGCUGUUCCUUUCUUAGGAAUUAAAAUUUGUUACCUUGGAAAUUUCAUUAGCGUUGGUAACCCUUUGAUGAGAUGGUAUUACUGACACAUAUAGAAGAACACAUUUUUCGAAUUUAACAGUAAUUGAGAAUAAACAUUUACUGUAACUUUAUUAUAAACAUUUAAUUCUUAAUAAAUUUGUUACAGAAAAUAACAAUUAA